GUGAUGACUGCGUCACGCAUCGGCCGCGUCACGAAGGGUCGCAUCGUCGUGUACCUGGUGUGCGCGCUGCUUCUCGUCGUGCUCAUCGCCUGCUACAAGAAUGUCAGUAAUCUCCUCGAAGAUGCACAGAAAUCCUAUGAACGAUGUCGGCAGGAGCAGGAAAAACCGCACAACAACUUAACGUUGUAUUUGAUUACAAGCAACGAUUAGAAAAAACCCUACAAAGUGAAAAGGUUGAACAUCAGAAUGUGAAACAGGAUUACACAGACAAGCUCAACGAAGAGAAGAUGAAAUGUGAAAAGAAUGCAAAUGAAGGCAAACUGCGUUUUUCAACGCUCCAACAACAUUACAACCUUUUACAAACACAACACGAUGAUUUCAAAGAAGAAUGCAGUAAAAUACAAAGAGAACAACUAGAUUCCCUCAAUCAACUGCAGGCAAAACUGAAAGAAGUCCAGGAAGAGAUGAAACGAAGUGUUGUGGAUAAAGAAAACUCUAUUCAUCAUAUACGCGCACAAAAAGACGCUCUACAGACAGAAAACACACAGUUAAAAGAAAAACUUGCACAUUUAUUAAACAAUAAACAAGAAGCUGUGAGGCGUACGGAAUACUCGUCAACGCAGUUUAACAAAGUAAUCCCAGUCGGUAACGCACGAUUCGUCAUACCUGUCGAGCACAACGAGCAAAACAAUAACGAAAACGGCGCGGUAUUACCGCCGCCAUCUCAAAACAACAACAACGCGAAAGUCUACACGCCGAAAACCUCGCCGAAAGUACUGAACGCAGCGCUGCCUCUGAACGCGCCUUCCGCCACGCCAGAAACUUCCAAUUCCAAAUCAUCCACGACUAAAAAAUCACUGCUAUUACCACUUCCUUAUCAAGGCAACUUCCCUGAUGGCGUUGUACCCGCGCCGAAUCUAAACGUCGAUGAUAGCAGAGAUAAAAACUACGAUAAUCAGAAGAUCGCGCAACAAAAAGAGCCUGAUGUGCUUGUGAAACCUAACAAAGACGAGCCGUUUGAUGACCGGUACAAAAACGUAGGCGAUAAACCUGACGACAAGAAGGACGAACUCAAAGAUCAGUUUAAUCAACAGGCUGAUAAAGAGGACCAGGGGAUUGAAGUGUUCGACCUGCCGAAUCAUGAUAAUCAUGUGAUUGUUGCGAAUAAGGAUAGUGGUAAAGCAAAGAAACAUCUGGAUGAUUUAAACGCGGACCCGAACGAUCCCGAUUACGAAGGGCCGAAUAUCGACGAUAUUGAAGAAGGUGAUGAUGGAGCGGAUGGUGUGAAUCCGCAACUACCACAAGCUAUACGAAACUAGGUACAUUUACUUACUAGGUGGGUAUUAUUUUGUGACUUGCUUUUCUUUGCCAUUUUUUACUAGAGUACCUAUAUCUAAUUAUCUAUAAACCUAACCUAACCUAUGUGAUUGAUUGCAAUAUUUGGUUAUUAUGUGAAACGGAACGAAUUUACAAAACACACAUGAUUUAAGUAAGUAAUGGGACUAAACGAAACAUAUUCUGCAUUUACAAUUGAUGAUUCAAGUGGAAAUCAUCUUUAAUUCUUCGAUUUACUAUAAUCUAAACAUGCUUAACUUGAACUUUUGUGAAUAUUCUCGAAUGUAAGCGCUAAGUAAGCCAAUUGUACAGUUAGAUUGCAUAGAAUAUCAUUUCUAUCGAAAGUAUUAUUUACUGUUUAUUUGUGAGGUCGAAGUAGAACCAAAAGAUUGUUUUGUACUUAGUCUCGAGACGGUAGGGGAAGAUAUUGUAUAGAUUUAUAGAAAUUUUGAUGUUUAGACAUUAUAAAAUUCAUACUUUUAGUAAUGAUGGUCAAAUUUCAUAGGUGGUUUGUCGAAUAUGAGAGGGGAUAAAUCUAAUUGGAAUCAUAUUACACGAUUUUUGCAAUUUGUACAUACAUAUAAAUAAAUAUACUUGGUACAUAA